GUCAGUCAGUCUUUAGUUGAGUCUAGCAUCCCCCAAUGUCAAGACAUCCGUGCACGUGAAAAGAGAAGAGCAAAAAAAAGUUACCGGCUGUUUUGGAAUGCAUGUCGCUUCAGUGGUAGACACAACAAUUUCACCUUCACCAGUGCCAAUUCUGUUGAAUUCGACCAAGGAGCACAAGUAUUCGAGCAAGAUCCGAAGUAUUGGCUGGCAAUUGGCCAACCAUUAGCAUCCACCCAAUCUAGAAAUCCAGCCGGCAAGCUUGGAUGGAGUCAAGCCGAUAACCGGACUUUGAACCUCCCGAUUGUCCGCAUUCCCUGGAUUCGUUCUUGGCUACUAUCUCGGUUCACAACCCCCAUUACGAGAGCAGGGUGUCUCGUUACUUACCCCACCCCCUCUCAUCAUCCACCCUCUUGUGUUUGCCGAGAGUCCAGCUUUUUGGACCACGGGAUUCUCCUCUCCAUCUUGAAGUGCAACAGGUUGCCGUGACUGUUGUUGCUCUUCGUUGCCGUUAUUGACGUUCCCUGAAGUGAUUUUCUUCCCUUGCCGGACAAUUGGGAAGAAAACUGCUCGUUUGUGGUGUAACCGGUGUAAGGCAACAAAUCCUCGAGGAUUAUUACCUUUUACUCACUGGACACCACAUACUAGGUACAUACAGACUCAUACACAUCCACACAUAUAGUAUACCUACACGGUCGGUCCUCACUUGUUGCGAGAGUUGCUUGCACCCGAAUGCCGAGGGCCAAUUCUCUCUGACUAGUCGUUGUCGUGGUCCUCCUCCUCCUCCUCCUCUUCGUGUUCUUCUCCCUCCGCCAUCUCUACCAAACCACCGCUACCACCAUAUUUCUGGCAUUUUUGUUGGCUGAUAUUUUUGGCUGAUAAUAGUUUCCGAGAGGCUUCAGUGAGAUCGUUGGACAGAAUAUUUGAACUGUCAGUUGUGCCGACUUGCGACUUGCUGAAAAUCUUCCGAGACCAAGAGAGUCCUGUGCAACCUCGUUUGGUGUGAUCUACUCUCGACCAUGAGUGAGUUGGAGGAUAUCAACCGUACGCUGUACGACAUUGACGCCCGGUCCUUACUCGACGUUUGGGAUCAUGUCAUGGAUGCAGAGGAUAGUCCCUUGGGCGAUUGGUCCUCAUCAGUGCUGGGUCCAGGAUGCGGCCUCUUCUCGAGUGGAGGGAAUAUGCACCUUCCGGAUGGUGCCAAUGGCUCACUAGUGUACAAGGACCGCCUACUGACAGACUCUCUCCCCUCUAUGAAUGCGGAUGAGUUUCCCAAGGCCGUGAAACACGAGCACUCCUACUCGAUGACCAAUGAGGCGGGCAGCGAUGGGGAUAGCAUCCCAGCCUCACCACUCAGCUUGCAAGAUGACAUGGAAACGGAAUGCUACCCUUGCAUUCCAAUGCAUUCAGCCUCGAAUCAACAGAAGAACAGCAGCUCGUCUUCGACGUCGUCCUCGUUGCUCAAGCAUCCUCGAAUGCAGCCUUUGGCCGAAGAGAACAUUACCAUCAAACACGAGCCUCUUGACUCGGAAGAUAAUAUCAAUGUGGUCGAUGACGACGCGUCUAGCGGCAACAAUCGGGCUCCCAAAAUGCCAGGACUUCGAUUUACCAACAGUUUAAACAAUCAGAACAAAAUGUUCCUUAGUCACAACAACAAUAUCAACAAUAACAACCACAGCAGCAGCUGCAGUAGCAGUACCAAUAUUGCCAGCAGCAACAGCAACAACAACCAUAUUCACCAUCACAACAACAAUUUAAACAACACAAUCCACAACAGUAGCAGUAAUAGUUCCAACAAUAGUUCUCCAUCGUCAGUUCUGACCACCACAGUCAAUGGCAACACUGUCUUUCUUCGUCAAGAGCAACACACCGUGCAAUUAGCGAGGCCGAAGCAUCCUCAAAGCCUGCUGAAGCAGAAACCAGUCACCCAUACAAUUCUCGUCACCACACCCACGAUCGUCCCAUCGAUUGCCACCGGGGCGGGUCUGCCGCCAACGACUACCACCAUCAUCACCACACGCAACAUCACCCCCAUUUCUAGCCAAGGGUUGAUUGUAUCCAAUUCGGUGAACUCCUCGUCCUCUUCCUUGUCGCCAGCUUCGUCGUCGGCCUCUUCAUCCUCGUUAUCAUCAUCCUCGUCUUCGUCGAUAUCGCCAUCCUCUCAUGUCAAUAGUAAGCUGCUGUUCUCCCGUUUGAGUGGCCAACUCCCGAAGUGUGAACUGGGUUUGGGCGUGUCCACGGCCUUCUCAGGUUCAUUGAGCAACAGCAGUAGCUCCGCCUCCAGCCCCACCGGAAGUUUCAAUGGCGGGACAACGACAAUCAACACCCACGAUGGUUUAAAUGGGUUCAAGAGUAGCUCUAACCCUUUCCUGGGGAAUUGUUUGUCAAAUCGGGCGCCAAUCACCACCGACUUGAUCUCUAAUCAACCCGCUGAUUCCAGUGGGAUUUUGAUCCUCACAGAUGAGGAGAAAAAAACUCUGAUCUCUGAAGGAUACCCUAUCCCAAGCAAACUACCCCUAACCAAGUCCGAGGAGAAAUCACUGAAGAAAAUCAGACGGAAAAUCAAGAACAAGAUCUCCGCCCAAGAGAGUCGGCGAAAAAAGAAGGAGUUCGUAGACACCCUGGAAAGACAAGUUGAGGUGGCGUCUCAAGAAUUGGGCGAAUACAAACGGAAGUGCGAGGUGCUGGAGAAGGAAAAUGCUUCUCUUCAGAGUCAGCUUCGGAGUCUACGGGCCAUGGUGGUCGGCUCAUCUCAAGAGCCAAGCCAAAUCUUACAUCAACAGCUUCACCACCACCACCAGGAGCAAUUGGAUAUCAAAUCCGAACCUUUGGAAGCAAUGCCAAGUCCGAUCGAUGGAAUCGGUUUGGAUUAAUCGAAUUUGAACCCUGUGACGGCUCAUCAAAUUGUAUUUAGAUGAGCGAAGUUGGAUCGAAGAGACGGGCUUGAAGUCUUAGAAUCACUUUCAAUUCUUAGCAUCCGAGAUUUAUUAUACUAAAAGACCAAGCUGACAAACCUGCCUCCCUCCCAGCUACGCCCCCAACUUGUUACUUCUUUUGCCAUGCCAUAACAUGCCAUGCAGUCAAGGCAAGGAAGGGCUUUCCGAAAACGAUAGCUACCUUGUCCAAAUUGAAGAUUGAGACAAGACAAGAAAGCUUUUGUAUGACGGCUUUUAGUACUGUAUAUAAGCGAAGGCAUCGUAUUUGAUGCCUUAACUUUGAUUCUCUGCAUCUCCUGACUCUUCCUGUGCCACUUCUU